UCAUGCUUGCUCGUGUUCUACAUCAGUUGCGAGAGCGACGUUGGUGUGGCGCACAAGUCUCGAGAUGGCAACGAGUUGCAUUCUCUGCGAGCAACGCUCCGAAAACGCGCACGACAUAUCGUUCCACACUUUUCCUGAGAACGAGGAUCAUCGGAAGAGAUGGCUGGACGCGAUUGGCAAAACUAAUGCAGAAGUGCCUGCUAAAUCAUCAUUGUGUUCGCGUCAUUUCUCGCAAAAUUGUUUCAUAAAUUCAAGUCUAAUAGAUAACGCUGUUCCGACUUUGCAAUUGGAGCCAUAUUGUUCAACGGAAGAAGACCGACCGCAAGAAAACUCGGAAACCGAAUUAUUCAUGCCAAUCUCAAGACCGACUAUUACAAAAGGACGGCGUAUUCACAUGUUGUCGGAUGAGGAGAUGAAGAAUACGCAGCCGAUCAAGUACGUGCGCUUUCUCAAGAGCGUCAACUGGGACGAGAUCUCCAAGGUGCCAGCGGAAGCAAAGAUCGUCUGGGAGGUGGCGAUGGAGGAGUUGAAGGAGGACAACGAAAAGAUAAAGCAUCUGCAAGCGCAUGUUCGCCAACUCAACGCGACUAUUUUAAAACUGAAGAACGCGCUGAAAACGCGAAACAAGAGGAAAACCAAAAGAUCUCAUUAAUUUAUAGACUUACAAAUAUCAUUUACACCGUAUUUGUACAUACAUUUUUUUAACUCGAUAAAUGUCCCGAGGUUCCUGUAGUUUUAAAAUUCUUCUCUAGAGAAGAAGAUUAAAAUAAAAUUUCUCAAGCUUCCAACUUCCCAUCUUUUUUACGAUUUUACUUUCUUGGAAUUAAAAUGGAAUUUUCCCAAAGUUGGAAAAUAUUUUAUCGGUAUGAUUAACUAUUAAAUUUUACGAGAAAGAGCAAAGGGAGAUUUAUAUCUUUUAUUAUAGAUAUUAAAAAAUUAAAUUGCGUGUUUAACAUUUUUUCCUAAUGCUAUAACUCUCGGGCUUAUUUUCGAAACGAUCGAUCCACUUGUAGCGUAUACGAAUGGCGAAGAGCAAAACAUUCAAGCGGCUCACUCGAAUGGAGAAGUGCCGCAAUUACGUUCGCGUGUACGAAUAAGACCCGCAUUUCUCCCUUUCUCUCUAUUGUGGCGAACGAGACCGGGGCUGGUUGUCGCUGUUUGCAUUCGACAAUGCAACUGCACAACCAGACGCCGCAGCGCAAGCAAAUGCGCUCGUCGAUGGCGGGAUUCUUUCAGGAAAGACAAAUGUGAGCCUAUACUCGCAUUUGCGCUCUCUUCUCCAAGUGACACAAUGGGACGUGGUGCACGUAAUACGUUUACCGUCGACAAUACGAACGGGGAAUAUUUAUACGGGGCAAAAACGGAGUAAACCGGAGAACGAAAACGAGCGAGAUGGUUGUACAAGAGAGGAAUGAAAGAAGAAGUGCCUCUUUUUAUCUUUCAAGUGCGUUAUUGUUCAAUGUUAUUAAUAAUAAUCCUUAUAAUUAGUCAUUUGUAUACAUUAUUGUUAAGCGUUAAUUAAAAUUAAUAUUAAAUUAGA